AUCGGCAAAACCCUCGCUUAUAAAUAUACUCUGCCGACGGCACAGAAAACCUCUCUUGCUCUUUAGCGUACUUGCUGCUCUCUCUACUUCUUCUCUUUGUGGUUCGAUCCGGGAGAAACUCAGAAUCAUGUUGGUCUACCAGGAUUUGCUUACCGGUGAUGAGCUUCUCUCGGAUUCGUUCCCUUACAAGGAAAUUGAGAAUGGCAUGCUGUGGGAAGUUGAGGGAAAGUGGGUUGUUCAAGGAGCCGUUGAUGUGAACAUUGGUGCAAAUCCCUCUGCUGAAGGGGCGGAUGAAGAUGAGGGUGUUGAUGACCAGACUGUUAAAGUUGUUGACGUUGUGGACACUUUUAGGCUCCAGGAGCAACCUGCUUUUGACAAGAAGCAGUUUGUCACAUACAUGAAGAGGUACAUCAAGUUGUUGACACCCAAAUUGGAUGAGGAGAAGCAACAGGCUUUCAAGAAAAACAUUGAGGGAGCAACCAAGUUCCUGCUCUCGAAGCUCAGUGACCUCCAAUUUUUUGUGGGGGAGAGCAUGCAUGAUGAUGGGAGUUUGGUGUUUGCUUACUACAAGGAUGGCGCCACUGACCCAACAUUUUUGUACUUCGCUUAUGCUUUGAAGGAGAUCAAGUGCUAAGAAUGGAGAAUAGCUGGCUUCGAAGUGGAAGUUCUUGCCAUAUUUCUAGCUUUAUGUGUCCUUUUCCAUCUCUGUACUGUUAUAUUUGGUGCUUCAUGCCUUAUUUUGGUUAAUUAUUGACUAGACAUGUUUUCCUCCUUCUUUGGUUAUUAGUUUCUUGUUUGACAAAUAAUUCAAUCUUCUAUUGGGCGUGUAUUCUAAAAUUUACCAGCCUAAGUUGGUAAUUGUUUGAUGUUACAACUUCUUUGUUCCCUUUGUAUUUGUGGAAGGCUUGUCAAAAUAGAUAUGUUUUACUGGCUCUAAUCA